CACGGCUUACGUACAAUUAGCGAGUUCAACGAACUUGUUAACAUGACCCCAAACGAGCUCCGUGGGUGGCUCAAGGAGGAGCAAUCUCAGUCAUCGGGAUGGAGUGGUGAAUCUGGCGAGACCAUUGGCCACGAGAGCGGUCGGAAGAUAGUGGAUAUUUUAGAGCACAAUCCUAGUCGCGACGCAUCUGGUUAUGACGACUCGGACAUCGAUCAUAUGCGCAAGGUUGUAUCUUAUUGCAAGCGACAUCUCGCGCAGGAAGAAAGCGCCAAGCAGGAUCCCAAUAGUAAGAGCUAUCGAUCCCUCAAGAAUUGGGGACAUGAUGCGCUCAAGGAGUGA